ACAGCGACGAGCGCAGGCCUGGGCCUUGUUGUGUUUUCAAAUAUUUGCUCUGUCUCCAUCUACUGGAAGGAGAGGUUGGAGUGACCAGUAUCUAGGCUAGACUGAGUUCAGAGGCAGAGAGGAGACAACCAAAAUAGCUUAUCGAGGCCCCAAAUUAAUUGAUCCCACACCUCCGAAUUUUGAUUCCUCUCGGCGAUGCGUGACAAAUCAAAGAAAUGAAGGCUGGGGGAAUUUACCAGCAAUCCAGAUUUCCAUUCAUUGCUGAGCUGUAUCCCCAUCUCAGACCCUGACAACAGCAGCCAGGAGCGGAAUCCUGCUGUCCCGUGGAAUUAUCACGGCAGCAAGGCGAGAUACGCAUGGAACAUGGCUGCUAUGAGGACUUUAACGGUGGCGGGUCUCUUUUUGGCAUUUUGUGCUUUAGGCUUGAUAGCGAUAGCGAUCAGCACUGACAACUGGUAUGAGACAGAUGCGAGGAGGCAUCGGGAACGCUGCAAGAAUUACUCCAACAAAAGAAACGACCCCGGGUACAUUUACAUCUCCAACAACAACCUUCCUCUCCGUAUGCUACCAAAGGAGAAUAAUGUAGAGAGGAAGGGCUCCAGUGGAGGAAUGCUGCUGCGGGCUAAGCGGCACUUCUUGCCUCCUGCUCCGGCCAUGGAGUCCCUCUGCAGUCGGCAAUUCAACUCUACCAUCACCGGACUGUGGAGAAAGUGCCAUCGGGAGGGAUUUGACUUGGAGACGGAGGAUCUGAUCUUCAAAGGAUUGGUUCAGCGCUGCACACCAAUAAAAUACUACUACUCAUCAGCAGCGCUCCCGAGGAAUUUGCCAAUUAAUCUGACAAAAACAAUAAGGCAGGAUGAGUGGCAUGCUCUUCACCUACAGAGGAUGACAGCGAGCUUCAUCGGCAUGGCCAUAUCCAUCAUCUUCUUCGGCUGGAUCAUAGGCGUGCUGGGCUGCUGUAAGGAGCAUGAUCUGAUGCAGUAUGUUGCUGGACUUCUUUUCCUUAUGGGAGGGACGUGCUGCAUCAUCUCCCUUUGCACGUGCGUGGCCGGGAUCAACUUUGAACUGUCUCGCUAUCCUCGCUACAUGUUUGGAAUACCAGAGGACAUCAGCCAUGGGUACGGCUGGUCCAUGUUUUGUGCCUGGGGUGGGCUGGGCCUUACGUUGUUGGCUGGAUUCCUGUGCACGCUGGCCCCCUCCCUCUACCCUCCACACACCCCUGUGGUGCACAAGCCCAGACAGGAGAACGGCUGCGUGUGACAGGCUGCUCCACAUCCAACAGACACCUGUCUCAUCUUGAAACAGUGACGAGCCCUGUUCUGGGGAUACUUUCACCCAGGGACUCGACAGUGAGAGCCUUCACUCAGCUUGGCACAAAGAAGAGCACAGGACCCUGGCUUUCACUCACAUGAAAAUGAAAAGGGGGUGAAAUUUUACUGAAGAUGAUUUCAGUUCCUCUGGUGCUUCUUUCUGUCCCUUUCUAUGAAUGAACUGUUCAGUGUUAUUGCUUGCUCUUCAAGAGGAGAAUAGUUAUACAAAAUUUCUUCUUGUAAAAUCUGCUGGUUUUGAAAAAAAAAAAAUAAAUAAACACAGCCAAAAAAAAAAAAAGAAAAAAAAAGAAAAAAAAGAAAAAACAAUAGCACAACUCUGAAUUCUGUAUUGAAGAUGAAAUUAUGGAUGUGUUAUUCUCACAUUUCAAAGGGCAACUGUGUAUCAUUAUGUACCCAUUCAAAACAAAACUAUGUAAAUGUACUUUUUGAACUGUAUGUAUGCAGAUGCAUUUGUGUUUAUUCAAGGAAAAAAAAAACAUGAGCAUUAAGACCAAACUGUAUUUGAGGGAAGUGUUUUGAUGUUCUUGAGGUCAUACCCCAAUCAAAAUAUUUUUGAAAAAUAAAAUGGCCAUGCAAAACAAA